CCUCAAGCGACACAAAUCCGGCACCGGGUACUGGCUAAAUGGACAGAAAAGGAUCGGAGCUUGAUCUACCAGGUUUCAGGUUUCAUCCGACCGAGGUGGAGCUGUUGGAUUUCUACCUCAGAAGUGAAGUGCAAGGGAAGAAACUUAACUUCGAUAUCAUCGGCAGACUCAACAUCUACCACUAUGAUCCAUGGGAGCUCCCAGGUCUGGCGAAGAUAGGGGAGAGGGAGUGGUACUUCUUCGUGCCCAGGGACCGGAGGAUCGGCAGCGGUGGACGGCCCAACCGGACGACAGAGCGGGGAUUCUGGAAGGCGACGGGUUCGGACCGGCCGAUACGGAGCGUGGCGGACCCGAAGCGGCUCAUCGGGUUGAAGAAGACGCUGGUGUUCUACCGGGGCCGGGCGCCUCGGGGUACCAAGACCGACUGGGUCAUGAAUGAGUACCGCCUGCCGGAGAGUUUCUCAUCUACUUCCACCGCCGCUUCUGCCAAGGAAGACCUGGUGCUAUGCAAGAUCUACAGGAAAGCAACGUCAUUGAAGGAGUUGGAGCAAAGAGCAGCCUCAGAAGAAGAGACGACGAGGGAGUCCCAGAUUUGCCGGUCCGUCGCCGACACCACGUCCAUCUCCAACCAAGACAACUACCGGAGCCCCUCCUUCCCUUCCGAGUACACAGAUGCCAAGGAGGCGGAGCCGGCGAAGGAUGCAGAGGUCACUUCGACGACAUUUCGAUCGGUGAACCUGCCGGAGCUGCAGGUUCCCAUGUACAGCUUCGACUGGUUGCAGGACCCGCUCCUGGCGCAGCUGCGCAGCCCAUGGGUGGAUCAAUGGUCUCCUUUUGCCAACACUCUCUACUUCUAAAGUGUUACUGCAAACCUGCAUCACAAACAUAAUGAGAGAUUGGAGAGUGUUGUUUUUUUCUCUCAUUUUGUGCAGUUGGUGUUAGUGUUGGAGUAAGUGUGAAUUGUUGGCUUCAGUAUAGAGAAUACGAACUGCUGGUAUUGCUUUCUCC